AUGAUUGGACUGGCCUCGCCCGUGUGCGUCAGCGUGGAAACCUACCGACCACUCAAAACCCUCCGAAUUGCAAGCAAGCUCUGCCGGGACAUGGACGGAAGCCAUAGAAGAAACCAGCUCCCCUCCCUUUUGGCUCCCCCUCCAAAGCCGAGAGCUAGCCCGCGCGCGGCGGCGAUAUGCCAUGUCUGUACUUACGCACACAUCCUCCUCCGCCAAAAUGACUCCACCCCAGUGUCCCGUCAAAAGUCCAACCUCGGCGGCGGCGGCACGCGGAACUUUGACUGGUGGCCCGAGCAGCUCAAGCUCAACAUCCUCCGUCAAAACACCAGCGUGACCAACCCCUACGAGAAGGACUUCAACUACGCCGAGGCCUUCAAGAGCAUAGACUAUGCCCAGCUCAAGAAGGACCUCACCGCCGUCAUGACCGACUCCCAGGAGUGGUGGCCCGCCGACUUUGGCCACUACGGCGGUCUCUUUGUCCGCAUGGCCUGGCACAGCGCCGGCACCUACCGUGUCACCGACGGCCGCGGCGGCGGUGGCGCCGGCCAGCAGCGCUUCGCCCCGCUCAACAGCUGGCCCGACAACACCAGUCUCGACAAGGCCCGCCGCCUCCUCUGGCCCGUCAAGCAAAAGUACGGCGAGAAGAUCUCGUGGUCUGAUCUCUUGCUCCUCGCCGGUAACGUCGCCAUCGAGUCCAUGGGCGGCAAGACUUUUGGCUUCGCCGCCGGCCGCCCCGAUGUUUGGGAGGCCGACGAGUCCGUCUACUGGGGCGCCGAGGAGACGUGGCUCGGCAACGAGGACCGCUACGGCGGUGGCCAGGAGGGUAUCGCCGCCCACGGCACCCUGCCCGGCGACGAGCACAAGAAGGGCCACACCGACAUCCACACCCGCGACCUGCAAAACCCCUCGCCGCCUCUCACAUGGGUCUCAUCUACGGAUAUCCGCACCACUUUCGGUCGCAUGGCCAUGAACGACGAGGAGACCGUCGCCCUCAUCGCCGGUGGCCACACCUUUGGCAAGACCCACGGUGCCGGGCCCACCGAGAACGUGGCCAAGGAGCCCGAGGCCGCCCCCUCGAGCAGCAGGCGGUAUCGAGGUCACCUGGACCAGCACCCCCGUCAAGUGGAGCAACAGCUUCCUCGAGUACCUCUUCAAGUUCGAGUGGGAGCUCACCAAGUCCCCGCCGGCGCCAACCAGUGGGUUGCCAAGAACGCCGACGCCAUCAUCCCCGACGCCUUCGACCCCAACAAGAAGCAGCUCCCCACCAUGCUGACCACCGAUCUCUCCCUGCGCUUCGACCCCGCGUACGAGAAGAUUUCGCGCCGCUUCCUCGAGAACCCGGACCAGUUCGCCGACGCCUUUGCCCGCGCCUGGUUCAAGCUUCUCCACAGGGACAUGGGCCCGCGACCCCUCCCCGCCGCCAGCCACCCCGUCAUCGACGACGCGGACAUCUCCUCCCUCAAGUCCGCCAUCGGCAACAGCGGCGUCGCCGCCAACAAGUUCAUCUCCGCCGCGUGGGCGUCCGCCUCGUCUUUCCGAGGCUCCGACAAGCGCGGUGGCGCCAACGGUGGCCGCAUCCGCCUCGAGCCCCAGAGGAGCUGGGAGGUCAACAACCCCGCCCAGCUCGCCGAGGUCCUCAAGGCCCUCGAGGGCAUCCAGCAGCAGUUCAACGCCUCCGCGUCCGGCGGCAAGAAGGUCUCCAUCGCCGACCUCGUCGUCCUCGCCGGCGCCGCCGCCCUCGAGCAGGCCACCGGCGUCAGCGUCCCCUUCACCCCGGGCCGCACGGAUGCUUCCCAGGAGCAGACCGACGUCGACUCCUUCCGCAACCUCGAGCCCCGCGUCGACGGUUUCCGCAACUACGGAAAGGGUACCCAGCGCGCUCGCACCGAGCAGCACCUCGUCGAUCGUGCCGCCCUUCUUAACCUCUCCGCCCCCGAGCUCACCGCCUUGAUCGGCGGUCUCCGUGUGCUCGGCACCAACUACGACGGCUCCUCGCACGGCGUCUUCACCAACAACCCCGGUAAGCUCACCAACGACUUCUUCGUCAACCUGCUCGACAUGAGCACCGCCUGGAAGUCCAUCGACGGCGAAAUCUACGAGGGCUUCGACCGCAAGUCGGGCCAGAAGAAGUGGUCCGCUACCCGCGCCGACCUCGUCUUCGGUUCCCACUCCGAGCUUCGCGCCCUCGCCGAGGUGUACGCUAGCGCUGGUGGACAGGACAGGCUCGUCAAGGACUUUGUGGCGGCUUGGACCAAGGUGAUGAACGCGGACCGUUUCGAUCUUCAUAGGGCGUAG